CUUGGUAGAUCAAGCCGAUGAUUGGCCACUCCGUAUUUUCAGUGAACUUCAGACUCUAAAUACCACCAAUGUGAUUGUGAUACCAUGCGAGAGAUCACUUAUCGUCUUCACCUUCCCUCCGACCAGUCUCAAGGUGAAGUUCGAAGAGCUCUCACCGUUGAAGUUGGGUCCUAGCGCAACCUAGCCACCCGACGCAAACAACUUUCCACCUUUUCCGAAUACUGCCAAUGAUCCGACCAAGACAGACACUCAUCAACAAGACCUUUGCGCAAUGUCUUCCCAACCUUCGAUGCCUCCUUUCGCCAGUGUGCCUCCGUUCUCCGCGAUGCCUCCUUUCCCCGAUAGGCCGCCGCAUUCGAGGUCGCCAAAAUACGGCCGGUACUUGACACCGAUGGGAGUAACGGUGGUAAUCGCAAUAUUCUUCCUGAUAUUGCGAUUUAGCUACAAGCUCACGAGAAAGAAUUUGGGUAUUGCGUUCGACGAUACAAUUCUACUCACCGCAACCGCCAUCUCUCUGUUUCUGACCUAUGAUCAAUUUGGACUCUACUUCCUUGGGUUUGGUCGUGAUGUGGAACACCUUACCCCAGAUCAAAUGCUCUACGAUAAAAGGAAGAACAAACUGACAAUCAUAUUAUACUCGGUCACGCCAUUAUGCAAUGCCCUCAUUCGAUGCUCGCUAGCAGUGGGUUACCUCCGGGUCUUCUCCAUCCAUACCAGCAAGAGAUUUUGUUAUCCGUUUUGUGGAGCUAAUCUGGCCUGGGCUGCUUGCGCAAGUGUGGCAUCCCUCGUACAGUGCGCGCCUGUCAAAGGGCACAACAAUGCCGAGCUUUCGACCGAUUGCCAAAGCGCGCAUAUCGUGGAACUAUUCCUUAUAAUCUCAAACGCCAUCUUCGAUUUCAUCAUCUAUGUAUUGCCAGUUAUCUGGCUCCGGAAGAUAAGGAUACCUAGAUGGAAGCGAGCUUUACUCAUUGCGGUCUUUGGCUCUGGAAUGAGUAACAUUGGGCUAUCCGCCUUCCGAAUUUCUCUCGUCGCCCAGGGAAUCUUGCGAGAGGAUAAGGAUUCCAAAAUCUUGCUUGCCAAUGUGGCAAGAAUCGUGGGCACACACAUCGGAAUCAUCUGUGCUUGUCUUCCUUAUCUACGAUUCAUCGCCGAUGUCAGCAGUUUGAUCGUAUCGUACUAUAAAAAGCUCAGAGGCGAACGCAACGAUGGAUCCUCGAGCAACACGUUGAUGCCGAACAAUGUGAGAGCACAAGCACGAUCUGAUGUUUUACUGCAUGGGGUUGAGUUGAAAGAUUGGGUCUAGAUUGUGGAGAAAUUGUACUGUAGCUGGAUUAGCUAUCUGGGGUAAUUUUGUUAAGCGGCGUUCUUUGCCUGUGAGCUUUGCCUGCUUGCUAUACGUUGACUUCGUCAUUGGUCAUGAUGGUUUUCGUCAUGACCUUUCAACAAUGCAUGCAGUUUUACCCUGUAUCAGACGGCCUAGAACCUGGAUUUUCAAAUCUAAUAUGUGUACAUUUUAGCUGUACUCAUCUAGAUGUUUUUAAGAGAAGGCCUGGGAGAG